AGCCGCCGCAGGUCAUUUUGAGUCGGCGUGCUCAUUUGAACUGAAACGAAGCAGAAGACGGGCGGCCCAGCACUGAUUAUCCAACUUUCCGAUCAAUAUUGAUGGAGUGGCAGCCGGACGAGCAGGGGCUCCAGCAGGUCCUGCAGCUGCUUAAAGACUCCCAGUCGCCCAACACCGUCACACAAAGAGCUGUCCAACAAAAACUUGAACAACUUAAUCAGUUCCCCGACUUCAACAACUAUCUCAUCUUUGUCCUCACGAGGCUUAAGACCGAAGAUGAGCCGACUCGCUCCUUGAGUGGCUUGAUACUAAAGAACAACGUCAAGGCCCACUACCAGAACUUCCCAUCGGGAGUUUCCGAUUUCAUCAAGCGGGAAUGCCUCAACAGCAUCGGGGAUCCCUCGCCACUAAUCCGGGCCACGAUCGGCAUCCUCAUCACUACGAUCGCCUCCAAAGGAGAGCUGCAGACAUGGCCGGAGCUGCUGCCACAGCUCUGCAACUUGCUCGACUCGGAGGACUACAACACCUGUGAGGGCUCGUUCGGCGCGCUGCAGAAGAUCUGCGAGGACUCGUCGGAGCUGCUCGACAGCGACGCUCUGAACAGGCCCCUCAACGUUAUGAUACCUAAAUUCCUUCAGUUCUUCAAGCAUUGCAGUCCAAAGAUUAGGUCCCACGCUAUAGCAUGUGUGAACCAGUUCAUCAUCGGCAGGGCCCAGGCCCUCAUGGACAGCAUCGACACCUUUAUAGAGAGUCUGUUUGUGCUGGCAGCAGAUGAAGACUCCGAGGUCCGCAAGAACGUGUGCAGAGCCCUGGUCAUGCUGCUGGAGGUCCGCAUCGACCGUCUGAUCCCCCACAUGCACAGCAUCAUCCAGUACAUGCUCCAGCGCACUCAGGAUCCUGAUGAGAACGUGGCUCUGGAAGCCUGCGAGUUCUGGCUGACCCUGGCAGAGCAGCCCAUUUGUAAGGAGGCGCUGUCCGGACACAUGGUGCAACUGAUCCCCGUUUUGGUGAACGGCAUGAAGUAUUCAGAGAUCGACAUCAUACUGCUGAAGGGCGACGUGGAGGAAGAUGAGGCGGUGCCGGACAGCGAGCAGGACAUCAAGCCCCGUUUCCACAAGUCGCGCACCGUCACCCUGCAACACGAAGGAGGGGAGGGGGAGGAGGACGAAGACAUCGAAGAUGAUGAUGACGACGACGACGAUGAUGCGCUGACGGACUGGAACCUGCGAAAGUGUUCAGCCGCGGCGCUGGACGUUCUGGCCAACGUGUUCCGUGACGAGCUGCUGCCGCACCUUCUGCCUCUUCUGAAAGGGCUGCUCUUCCACCCGGACUGGGUGGUCAAGGAGUCUGGCAUCCUGGUGCUUGGAGCCAUCGCUGAAGGUUGCAUGCAGGGCAUGGUGCCCUACCUGCCGGAGCUCAUCCCCCACCUCAUCCAGAGUCUGAGCGACAAGAAGGCCCUGGUACGCUCCAUCGCCUGCUGGACCCUCAGUCGCUACGCGCACUGGGUGGUCUCCCAGCCCCCCGACUCCUACCUCAAACCCCUGAUGACGGAGCUUCUCAAACGCAUCCUGGACAGCAACAAGAGGGUGCAGGAGGCCGCCUGCAGCUCCUUUGCCACCCUGGAGGAGGAAGCGUGCACCGAACUGGUUCCUUACCUGAGCUUCAUCCUGGACACGCUGGUUUUUGCCUUCGGGAAGUACCAGCACAAGAACCUCCUCAUCCUGUAUGAUGCCAUCGGCACUUUGGCCGAUUCAGUGGGUCACCAUCUUAACCAACCCGAGUACAUCCAGAAGCUGAUGCCCCCUUUGAUAGCGAAGUGGAAUCAGCUAAAAGAUGAAGACAAGGAUCUUUUCCCGCUGUUAGAGUGUCUGUCGUCGGUAGCCACGGCCCUGCAGAGCGGCUUCCUGCCGUACUGCGAGCCGGUUUAUCAGCGCUGCGUCACCUUAGUCCAGAAGACGCUUGCUCAGGCCAUGAUGUACAACCAGCAGCCGGACCAGUACGAGGCUCCGGACAAGGACUUCAUGAUCGUGGCCUUGGAUCUGCUGAGCGGACUCGCCGAGGGCCUCGGGGUCCACGUGGAGCAGCUAGUGGCUAGAUCCAAUAUAAUGACCCUGCUGUUUCAGUGCAUGCAGGACACGUUGCCUGAAGUGAGGCAAAGCUCCUUUGCGCUGCUGGGGGACCUGACCAAGGCGUGCUUCCUUCAUGUGAAGCCCUGCAUCGCUGAGUUUAUGCCCAUCCUGGGGCUCAACCUGAACCCAGAGUUCAUCUCGGUGUGUAACAACGCCACCUGGGCCAUCGGGGAGAUCUCUAUGCAAAUGGGAGCAGAGAUGCAGCCUUACGUUGGCAUGGUGCUGCCUCACCUGGUGGAGAUCAUCAACAGACCCAACACCCCCAAGACUCUGCUGGAAAACACAGCCAUUACAAUCGGCAGACUCGGGUUCGUCUGUCCUCAGGAAGUGGCUCCGCAGCUGCAGCAUUUCAUCCGACCGUGGUGCACAUCUUUAAGGAAUAUUAGAGAUAACGAGGAGAAGGACUCUGCUUUUCGGGGAAUAUGCGUUAUGAUCGGUGUCAAUCCUGCAGGAGUGGUGCAGGAUUUUAUUUUCUUCUGUGACGCCGUGGCUUCAUGGGUCAGCCCAAAGGACGACUUGCGGGAUAUGUUUUAUAAGAUCCUGCAUGGCUUCAAGGACCAGGUGGGAGAGGAGAACUGGCAGCAGUUCUCUGAGCAGUUCCCCCCUCUGUUGAAAGAGCGACUAUCAGCCUGCUACGGUGUCUAAUCCAACCCUUGUUCCACUGACCUGUCAAGUUCAUGAAGGGGAGAGGGUAACCGGGGGAGUCAUUGCACUGCCCAAAUCAUGGGGAGAAACUCGAGCCGGAGGGGAUGCGACUGAUCCUCCAGCCUGCGGAUGGGUUCCUUUUUCCCCUGCGCCCUGUUUGUCUCUGAGGGAGGGUGGGAAUGAGGGCUGUAGUUAAGGGAGGGUAAAAACAGGGAUAUACGUACACCCCUCGUAAUAAAUGCCUCACUGCUAGAAAACUCAAAAGCGACUUUCGCCAAACCGAAAUCCAGGGAUCUUUGGUAGGGGGCGAGGGGCAGAGUUUAGACCUCCUUCUUCACGAUUGGAUUGUUCAUACAAGUUAGCGACGUCUGGGUGGGGAGGGGAGGGGUGGGGUGGGGGCAGGUAGGUACAAAAAAAAAAAAAAAGUAAUUAUCCGAACCAGCAAACGCCACAACGCACGUAGAAACGCUCACAUGUAGCUGUUUUAAACGGAGAACGGAUGCUUUUACUUUGUAAUGAUGUACGCGGAACCUUUGCACCUUGUCCAAGCAGAACUGCAUACACCUUUCUAUGUGUACACACACACACACACACACAAUACGCAUCUCUGUUCAUAUAUGCAUUAGGUCAGACUCGGAGAUUUCCUUUCUAACUGUAGGAUUUUUAUUUCUUUGCCGUCAACAGAAGCAGUAAAAGGUUUAUUCCAUCCCAGUUCCGACUUUCUAUAAUACAUAUAAUCUAGGCUUAAGUUGCAUGAUAAUGUGAACGUCUUUAUUAUUUGUAGCAUUAAUCAUCAGUAUUCAGGCAGUCUACUACUUUGUUCGAGCAUCCUCUCCUACAAUCAAUGUAAUCAUCUCCCCCCCCCCGCCAGAUAGUUUUAAACCGAGGUUGUUUGUGUUAAGACCAGCUAUAGAUAAAUUCAGGAAUAAACUCUCUUGUGGUGGUUGUUGAUGCAGCAACGUUGUAAUACUGUAAGGAGAUCAAGAGUCUCCAUCUGCUGCUUCGGCUUCGUUUUUUUACUAUGUUUAAGAAAUGGACUCACCGAGAGCCAUAGGAGAUCACCGAGAAUAUAUACACGUACUGGUAUAAAUGCACCUUUUUCUCUUCUGAGGAAAUAGAAUAUCUAAUGUAAGGCGUACAGUAAUGAGAUACUGAGGCUGUUGGCUUUCUUCUUUUUUUUUUUCUUUUUGAUAAGUGAUUUUAGGUCUGCUGUAAGAAAAAUGAUUUAAAACAAAAGUUAAGAGUAAGACUUAAGCGAGGCCGUAGAUUUAUGCUACAACUCCUAAACGGGUUAAAGGACCCAUACAUGCAUCUGAGCUUGUCUCUGCCUCUCGCCACGCGGAAGAGAGUCACCGAUCCAAGUUUUAUGGCUACUUUCCUGUCUCCGGUUCUUGUGAAGCUUUAAAAAGCUAGAAGCAAUUUUAGUCAUUUCUGAUUUCGGUUUAAGAACUAUUAUUUGAGCUCAACACAAUAAACACUCAUAUUUUCCCCUAGCCUUAAUGUUGGCCGUUAAAUAUUCAUAUUGGGAGCAGAGAAGGAGGUUUAUGGCCUUUUCCAGCACUUCUUGGAAAGUAUGGAGUUUCUGUCAGCAGCCGUCGUUCCUAAAACCACUUUCUGCUGGCGUGUUCCCUAAAGAACAUAGAUCCUUGGGGCCUUGGCAGACCUUGCUGUCCUCGUAAACACAAGCUGCUCUGACCUCGCUGGCCCAGCAUGCCCCUCCAGUUGUCUUAUCAGCUCGGGUCACGAAGAGAUCUAAACUUUUCAAUGCCACCUCCCAUGGGGUUAAAUGUGCAGGUUUAUAUUCCCGUCUUUAAUGAAAAAGAAUAAAAUUCUUAUCUAUUAAGAAUAUUAAUCCCCAUUGUUUCCUUUAUGGUUAUUGAAAGAAUUGUCCAUUUUGGGAAAGCAGCGUAGUGAUGUUUUUCCUUUAAAGUCCCAAACUGUUCAGCCUUCCUGUAAUCUUCAGGGAGCAGACAUUUCCUCAGACUUUAUGGUUAAAAAUGGCUAACUUUAAACGGCAUCCAACAAAAAGAGCAUUGCAUAGGGUGCAUUCACUGACCAGCGUAAAGGUCAGACAUUCCAGUUUCAGCCCAUUUCUCAAUGCAGCUGUAUUCUAGGUUUUAUUUCUGGCUGUCAGCGCCAUCCCUGAUGUAAAGCGUUUAAGUUUUAGCAGUUUUCCGGCCUUGCUGCUCGUCUUGUAUGGUACGUCUACAGCUUCUUUCUAAACCUAGUGGUUAACGUUGCCAUACAUUCUCCCGCUAAUAUUGUGUAGGUUAUGUCUGGGAAUGCUGGGAGUCAUUUUAGCUCUUAGAUUACACUGGUUACCUUAGCUGUGGGAGUGUGGCGUCUCUUGAUGUAUUUUUUUUUUUUUUUUUUAAAUACUUGUCCAUAGUUGGUUACAUUGGAGGUGUAUGUGGAUAUUUUGCCUAUUGGUGUUUACAGAAGUACUUCUUGGAUAUAAUUUUGCACCAGCCCGACUUAAAAUUAUUCUAGGGAGUACGGUCUGACUAAUGCCUGUUCUCAUGUAGUCCUCUGUAUUUGUUUGCCAGCCAACAAGUAAUUCUGAUUUAUGGGUUGCUUUAAAAAAAACCUCCAAAGAUGGUGUUUCAGAAAAAGAAAAGUUUAAAAUGAAAUUAUUCCUGCCUGAUUGAAUAAACAAAUGUCAGCUUGUGUUGAGGGGUUAUGAAUUUUGUAGGUAGGCUAAUGGGAUUUUUGUUUUUCUCCUUCAUUAAAUGUGACAGAAGUGUUUUUUUUUUUUUUUGUUUGUUACUGAAGUGGCGAUGUUUAAGAUCUGCAAACGCCUUCUGGAGGCGCCACAGCGAGGCCUCAGCUCGUUUGUGACCUCACGAGUUGAAUUGUGCCGAAUUCAGUAGAAUGUAGAAUUUGAUUUUAAUAAAAUAAAAAUAAAAAAUAGCUGGACCUUUGCCAUUAUAAUAUGCACAAAAUUUAAUGCAAGUUUUUUUUUUGUCCACUUUUUUUAUUUUUAUUUUUAAGGCUCAUGGCAGUUUUUAUUAAUUUUGUUUUGUAUUCUAUUGUGCUGAUGUGCACAAUUUUUCUUUUGGACUUUAAAAGUUUUUUUUCUUUUAUUCUUUUUAUUUAAAGAGCAGUUUUCUUUAGUUGUUUUUACAGCUUAUCUGAUUAAGUUAAAUUUGAUGUGGGCAGAAGGCAAGUUGAUACUGGGAGAUAAUUUGAGGAGAAUCUUUUUUUUUUUUUAACUCUGGCAAAUUAAUUCAUUAGUUUCUUUUUGCUGGUCUGUGGUGUAGCUGGGAUUUAAUCUGAUGUAUCCCUUACAUGAUAUUUAAGACGGGAAGUAUUUUUCUUAUAGAUCUUUGAGCUAGCUGAAUGUUUUGUACCAUAAAUGAUGCAUAAAUAGAACUAUAAUUGUUUUGAGAAUAACAUCUGAAACCUUUGUCGUUUUGAAUUAUGUGCCAUGGCACUUGACGACAAUAUGGAAUGAAUGCCACUCUCAAAGGAUACUUCAUAAGCAUUUUUUUCCCCUUUUAAAUUUCUACCAAAUAAACUACAAAUGAUCAUCCUGAA